GCUGGAGCAUGGCUUCUGUAGAGAGCUCUUUCACAAUGGCCUUAUUCUCUCACCCAUCCUCAUCAACAGUUAAGAGCUCGUAAGGGACUCAGUAGCACUGCCUUGCUUGGAGAUGUCACAGACUGAGGUCUGGAGAACACAGCUGCCUUUUCACAAACUUUCAUUGUCAUGCCUCAGGCUGCCUUCAGCGCAAAGCAGUGUUUGCUUAAAUGCAAAACUACAACUCAUAAUCUAGUCCGAAUGGCCACCAGUUAUAGUCGUUUGACUUUGCUGCUCUUGAUUCUUGUUCUCAACCUCUCAGUUGCCAAGUCAUCAGAGACACCAUUCAAGGUAACCGAGGGCAGCACCGUGAUUCUCUCCUGUCAUUACUCCGUGAAGCAGCAUGGCCUGAGCCACGUCUGCUGGGGUCGAGACUGUGGAACCUUCUGGUGCAAUGACAUCAUCGUUCAGACAGAUGAAAGUGGGGUCAUCUCAAAGGUCUCUGACAGGUACAGACUCAUCGGAGAUGUUCUCUCUGGACAAAUGGACCUGGGGAUCCAGCGGAUACGACGGACAGACAGUGGGCCGUACUGCUGCAGGAUAAACAUAGAUGGGCUUUUCAAUGACAAGAAGGUGACCUACACUUUAAAGGUCAUGAAAGCUGCAACAACAACAGCACCAAUAACUACUACACUUCAUACUACAGAACCACUGCAAACUCAGACGAUGUUUCCUCACUCAGAUCUGCCCGGAGACACAGAGUCACCAGCUUUUGACAUUUCUGGACAAAACCUCACUCUGCAGAAUUCGAAUCCUAUGUCUAAUGAAGCGAUAUCAGGCAUAACACUACAGAUCAACAUCCCUGUGCUGUCUCUGUCUCUCAGUCUGCUCUUGCUUCUGUUAGGGGCGUUGGCCCUGUUGGCCUUCAAACGUGGGUUUCAUAUGAAGGUCAUAGAUAGUGGAUGUCUGUCAAAAGAGCCAAAGCACAUUGUUUACGAAAUACGGACCAGAAGACCAGUGGAGGAGAAUAUUUAUAUCCUGGAAUAGUAUCCAAGGCACACACACACACACACACACACACACAAAGAUUAUGUAAUGUUGCAUGUAUAUGUAUGUUUGUAUGAUUAUGUAUGAACAUGUAUAUUAUGUCUAAUUUUGCAUGUCUGCAAAGAAUGAAAUCUUAUCAGUUGGAAACAUCUGGAAUAUAAGCAAAUUUAAUAAAUUUUAUGAAUCAUUAUGGGAUUAAAAUUAAAAAAAAAAAAAGUAAGAUUAUUAGGCCUAUUUCUAGACACAUGUACUAAUUUUAAGCUUGGAAUUGUCUUGUUCUAUUAGCAGAUUAUUUUACAUAUUUCACAUAUUUGUUUCUAAAAAGAAGUAAAAUGAUGUGCCUAUUUUUCUAUGUUCUGACCCAUUCAUGAAAUCAUUUGCUUUAUAAGCAACAAAAAUUGUAAAGACUGCUUCCACAAACAGAGCAAAAGUGAGCAGAGAGUGAGAGUGCUACACUAUGCAUUUGUUUGCAUAAAAAGCAAAAGAUGAAAAUUGACACUAUCUUUCAAAAAAUACAUUAAAACCAAGGAGCUUACAUCAUAA